AUGGGUGGGAGGACACCCGUAGCCGCCCUCGUGGGACGCACAGUCACUCACUUCCUCCCCAUCACGAUCCCGAGGGCCAAGGGCACGCAGGUAACAUGGACAGCUAGCUACGCACGCCUGCUCCCCCCUGGUCUAGCCGCCCAGCCCAAGCCCAGCCCGCGCAGACCCCCCUCCCCUGGGACCCCGGGAAACUCGUAUCCCGCAGCCCUAGCCGAACAGGCUAUUGCCCUAUCAAUCUCUCCCGAGGGCAUGGGGCGCCCGGAGGGGAGCCUCUCCCGACGGACGACCAACCUUCCCUUCCCUCGUGCGGGUUCCCGCCACCAGACGCCCUGGGACUCGGAUAGCAAACUCACUGGCACUGCGGCAGGCUACGGACACAGGGCACCUAUCCGGAUGAAACUUAACCGUCACUACGCAUAA